AUGAAAAGAGAACUAAGCAAGAUAGCAUGUGCAUGCGCACUUAUUUACUACUGCGCAUGCGCCAUGAUGCAUGAACGCGCGGAGCACGGCAGCAUGCAGCGCAGUCAAGAUGCAGCAUACAGUGAUUUCAUUGAGAUGAAAGACCCCGGAAAUUUCUAUACGGUUACGCCCAUGCGCGACAGCCCAAAGCCGUGCUGUUUUAGACGGCUCUUCAGAAACAAAAAGCGCGUGUGCGGGCUUAUAGUUGUUGUUUGCAUCGCCUUGGCCUCGCUUCUGGCUCUAACCUGCUUGAACAUAAAAAACACGCAGAGAGAGCUAGCCCUCAAUAAGUGCAACGAAAUUCUAAUAAGCAACGCAAAGACGUGCUAUUCCAUGUCCAAAGACGGAAGCAUUCUGGAGCGCCUGCAGCUCGUGCGCUCAGACAAAAUAUUUUCUGGAAGCCUGCAUGCCUCAAGCAUGAAAAACAAGCCGAUCUGCACAACAACCGUCAGCGGCUUCAACGAGACAUUGAGCAACACAGAAAAGCACCUCAGCGUGCUGCACUCUCUCUGUCAGCUAGCUGUUGAGAAAUCAAUGGCCCCGAUAACCCGCUUUGUGGAAAAUGGCUACGCUUUAUCAGGGAAGGCCAUGCCCUCUGAGGAAGAGCUUAAAUACUUUACCAAGCUUUUUGCUCGCUCUAUAAGGACCCAGAAGCCGCACAUUAUUUACACGUUGGUAAACCUCUACAGCCCCGAUGCGAUAGCGCCCAGCAUGCUUAAAAGUCUGAAAAACGCGGGCGGAUACUGCAAGCCGCCCAAAUAG